AUGGGCAAAUGGCGUUAUGGUGUUGUCCUGGACGCUGGUUCGUCUGGGACCCGUGUCCACGUAUAUCGCUGGCUGCGCAAUGCCGCUGCGCGCAAGAAAGCGAAUGUUGAUGGCUUGAAAUCGCUCCCGGAAAUCAAGACCAAGGAGGAAUGGGUGAAGAAGAUCCAUCCAGGUGUUUCUUCAUUCGCCGAUAGACCCGACUCCAUCGGCCCAGACCAUCUGGCAGAACUCUUGGACCACGCCAAGAACAUAAUUCCCGAGGAUGAUGCUAAGGACACACCGAUCUUUUUACUUGCCACGGCUGGAAUGCGCCUUCUCGGAAACCUGGAACGACAGCUACUCCUCGAUCAGAUCUGCUCCUACGCUCGCGCGAACACCGAUUUCUUGUUGCCGGACUGCGGCGCUCAUAUUCAAGUGAUUCCGGGCGUGACGGAGGGAUUGUACGGGUGGAUUGCGACCAACUACUUAAUGGGAACUUUCGACUCUCCGCUAGCCCACGAUCAUGGCAAAGGACAUCACACAUAUGGCUUUCUGGAUAUGGGAGGGGCAUCUGCACAGAUUGCCUUCGCUCCUAAUGAAACCGAGACCCAAAAGCAUGCAAAUGAUUUGACCCUGCUACGCCUGCGGAAUAUCGAUGGGACUCAGCAGGAGCACCGAAUCUUUGUGACAUCAUGGUUGGAAUUUGGUGUCCACGAAGCUAGACGCCGCUUUGUCGAAUCGUUACAAGCAAUGAUGGGCUCGAACACUCAAGACCUACCGGAUCCAUGUCUUCCCAACGGUCUGCGCACGACUCUGGAUGGCAAGGAGCUACCACCAGGCAGUCCCGCUGGACCAAGUUUGUUGGGCACAGGUAGGUUUGAUGAAUGUCUGCGUCAAACUUUUCCUUUACUGGAUAAAGAUGCGCCAUGCUCAGAUUUCCCAUGUCUUCUACACGGUACUCAUGUCCCAGCCAUCGAUUUUGAUGUAAACCAUUUCAUCGGAAUUAGUGAGUACUGGCACACAACCCAUGAGAUUUUCGAGAUGGGUUACAAGGAUAAGGCAUAUGACUUCAAUACCUACCAAGAGCGGGUUAAAACAUUCUGCUCUCAAGACUGGGACUCCAUUGAACAAGGGAUUGAAACACAACAAUGGGGCAAGAAGGUUGACCAUGAAAAGGCCUAUGAGGUUUGCUUCAAGGCCUCAUGGAUCAUUAACAUGCUGCACGAUGGUAUUGGGAUACCACGGGUUGGCCUGGAAGAUACUUCUUCUUCUCACAACGGGACUAAGGAGGUCUUGGCUCAUGGCCAGGAAAAGGGCUAUCUGGAUGCUUUCCAGGCUGUGAACAAGAUUGACUCGACUGAAGUCAGCUGGACACUGGGCAAAAUAGUCCUAUAUGCAUCAUCGCAGGUGCCUACGGAUGAUGAGGAAGCACUGCCCGUUGGUUUUGGUAGCAACAUCCCCGGUAUUCCCGAGGAUUUCCAAUAUCCCAGCGUGCAGCUUCUGCCCGAUGCGGAGGGUUUCCACAGCGAGCACUGGCAUGACGCACUGUUUGACGGUGACUCCCCUCGUCGCAUCCCCGGAAUCCUUCUAUUUCUAUUUAUCGUCGUUGUGGCGGCCUUUUUCCUUUGCGGUCGGAGCCGUCGUUUGCGACUUUAUCACCGCAUCAAUAAUCUCCUUCGCCGAGGGGGCCCAUCUCAUCCCAACCACCCGAAGAAACGACGGCCCUUCUUGGGCAGGUUGCCAUUCUUCCACCGAAAUGCUCCUUCUUACGAGCGUGUCAUGGAGAAUGGUGCUCAGGAGUUUGAGCUGGGUGGAGCCGACUCUGAUGGCAGCGAUAUAGAUGAACGUGCUUCAGAUGUCGAUGGGGUGAACCCUCAUCCGCCGAAGCGGGCUUCCAGCUGGGGCAACAGUGGCACCAACCCUAGUUUGAAAUACACUCUUGACAAUAGCUCAUCUGCGACAAUUGGUUUGGGCAUCAGUGGUGGAUCAGGCAUUGCUAUGGAUCGGGCAGGCUUGGUGGUACGGACUGAGAGCCGGGAACACCUUGCUCCCAUCGCCUUGGGACCUACCACGAACGGACGACGCUCCAGAGCUGGCAGUCCCACGCGAUCUCUUCACCAAAAAUCGCCCAUCCUGAGUCCCCUUGCCGAUGAUUAA